CGCGACAUUCGAAUUACCCGAUUUCUUCCCCAAGUUGACGUAUUCACACAUCUCGCCGUUGCACUGCCGGCCCAGUCCUGUCUUUGAAGCUCCAGAAUAUGAAAUUUUAUCCGGGGGAGAGCCGAUUCCUGCAGACGGACUUAUUUCAAGCAUGUCCUCCGUUCCAUCAGGUUCAGUUCAAGAUUCUUCCACAACCCCGAACGAUCCGCCAAAAUGGGGGCGUACGUAUGCUACCAACGGACCGUUUGUUCGUCCCCGGCAGGAUGAUUUCAGGGUCGCUGUCCUUUCGCUUACUCCGUCCACCGAGUGGGAACAAUCUUACAGGCUGUUUAUUGCCGUGUCCGACAUCUAUCGCACGACCAAACGUUUCGAGAGUGAUUUUCAUACUACUAAAGGAAAGAUACUGGAUGACAAUCUAGAUGCCAACUCCGACGCCGACUGCGUGUUCCCUAUCCAUGUUUCAUGGGAUGAUUGGGGACCUCGUUCGGCGCGCUUGUUGGCAACUGCCGGUACAGAGACAUUUUGCUCUAUUUUCAUGAACCGAUACAUCUUUGGCACCCUCGAGCGUGUACCAAUGCCUGAAACUCGCGAAGAUUCCAGUCAAUGGGAUUGGUGUACCCGCCUUCAUAUACUGGAUUUCAACCCCUAUCCGAUUCGUGCCGAGUCUAUUCGCGUGAAGGAUGACACGGCAUCUGCGUCGAACAACUUGUUUAGAGACGAAUACCCGCUGAGGAGGACACUUGGGUUCCCGAUUCCGAUCCCGAUGACGGGAUUGAGCAUGGUGCGGAUGCGGAAAGACAAUCAGGCAACGCCGGAGCCCCCUUCAUCUGGUUUGAUCCGGCCACCAAGGAUAUCAAAGGAUUACGGGGUUUCAGGUCGUAUGACUGUAUCCCCAAGCCCUGAUGCCGUUGGCAAGGUCAUCACUAGACUUCCAUACCGCGGGGUGACGAGUGACGACACAUUCCGGGGAUAUCUGUUGCCGUGGAUAGACGCAGAGAGGAUAUUGCUCCUUGAUAGCGCUCAAGGCACCAUUAAAGUCCUCGUCAUUUAAACGCAUGUCACCCGUAUGGAUUGUUUAAGAUCCAAAAUCGUCCCUGUCAUUACCCUAGUUUGAAAUGGCCACUUGCAGUGCUUUCUCUGGACCUCUCCCAUCAUCAUGUGCUUAUCGACUUGUGAUUCUUCCGCAACUGGGGCAGCUCUAGUUGACCGAGCUUGCGAGGUAUCUAACGGGGGUCAUUCCGUGGGGGAAAGUGGUAUCCUCCCCCCCCCGAGAGAUGGCCAAAGGCUGACGGGUGCCGCAAGCUCAGCCAUUCAGUUUGAGGGGGGAACAAAAGGUUUGUCAUGAACUGUCCCCGGGACUUUCAGCAUGCGAGAACGUUCUCAUUUUAGUCAGCAGCUACGCCGAGACUGAAUUGGAAGAGGAUGAGAUUGGCAUUUGUAUAUACAUAGUCACGACUUUAUCGCAUUAUGUAUAUGAAGUCGAUUGGCU